AUGCAAGCUUGGACCGAUUCGUCCAUAGUAUUGUCAUGGCUCACCACCGAUCAGAAAUUUUUUAAGAUUUUUGUCACCAACCGUAUUGCAAAAAUACGUGCCUUAAUCCCUACUUGCAUUUGGUCACAUAUAUCAACGAGUGAGAACCCUGCCGACCCGUCGUCUCGUGGAUUACUGCCAGUUGCUUUGAUAGCAUGUUCAUUAUAUUGGGACGGUCCUGCUUUCCUUCAUCUCCCUGAGGCCGAUUGGCCUGUAACGAAUUUCACUACCAUUCAACCAGGUGAUUUACCCGAAGUCAAACCAAUAAGCAUCAAUGCCCUCGCAGCUCAGAAACUUCUAGCCGAAGAUUAUGUUUUGCACCGAUUUUCAACAUGGUCUCAUAUGCAACGGUCACUUGGGUACGCGCUUCGUUUUGUCUACGCUACCUUCCUAGACCAAUCGGGUAUCACAGGUUCACUCACGUUAGCAGAACGAAACCGAGCCACAAUGUUUGCUGUUCGUCUGACUCAAAAAUCACAUUUCGCCAAUUUAUUCAGACAAUUGUCGAGAAAGAAUUGUAUUAUAACGCCACCAACAAUGGCCCAGCUGGCGCCGUUUCUGGAUCCAAAAGGGUUCAUUCGUGUAGGAGGUCGCCUCAAAAAUUCCCUACUGAGUGAAGAGACUAAAAACCCGCUACUACUGCCCAAAUCAUCGCACUUGACAGCAUUAAUAAUAAGAUACUACCAUAUGACAUUUUUGCAUGCCGGGCCCAAACUCAUUAUUUCUAUGAUUCGCCAAAGGUUUUGGAUUAUUUCGGCUCGUGAUGCGAUUCGUCGCAGUAUCUUCUCAUGCGUCACAUGUACUCGGUACAGAGCCCAACAUCCAACACCUAUCAUGGGUAAUCUACCGGUAUCUCGCGUACAAAACCACCGUGUGUUUUCCCAGAUUGGCAUGGAUUAUGGUGGACCUUAUCUGGUGAAGGAAUGCAAGAGACGCAACACAAAAACGACCAAAGUAUAUAUUGCUCUAUUUAUCUGCAUGGCCACCAAGGCUGUUCACAUCGAUAUUGUUUCGGAUUUAACAGCUAGCGCCUUCCUUGCCGCCUUUGACCGAUUUGUCGCUCGCCGUGGCAUCCCUGAAAGCGUGUUCUCGGACAAUGGUACAAAUUACGUGGGCGCUGCUCGUCAACUGAAGUUAUUGUUCCAGAAUGAAGGCACCCAGAACUUAGUCUCCUCACGGUUCCCCUGUAAGUGGCAUUUUAACCCGCCCGCAGCACCACACUUUGGUGGUUUGUGGGAAUCCGCCAUCAAAAGUGUGAAAUUCCACCUAAAACGGGUAAUUGGCACACAGUUGCUAACUUAUGAAGAGUUCCAGACCUUAACUACACGGAUUGAGGGAGUCUUAAAUUCUCGACCCCUAACACCCGCAUCAACUGAUCCACACGAUCUUGAAGCGUUGACACCGGGACAUUUCAUAAUUGGCCAGCCAAUUCUCAGCAUUCCAGAGGCGGACAUCACUGCUACACCAAUAAACCGUUUGACGAGGUGGCAACUGAUCAAACAGUUGCAUCAAUCCUUUUGGAAAAGAUGGACACGUGAAUACCUCACCACGUUACAAGGCCGCCAAAAGUGGUCGAAACCAGACACAAACUUGAAGAUAGGAGAUAUGGUUCUUGUUGAUGCUCCUGCUCUUCAACCCUCCGACUGGCGUAUGGGUCGAGUUACAAUGGUCCAUCCGGGACAGGACGAGAUAGUACGAGUCGUUACCGUGCGCACCCAGGAUGGAUUCCUCAAACGCCCAGUGGUAAAACUAGUCCGGCUUCCCAUCUCAUCUUGA